AUGGCGAGUGAAGGAAUUAUUUUGGGCCAUAAGAUUUCAAGCAAAGGCAUAGAGGUAGAUUGUUCAAAGAUACCAAAUAUUGAGUACUUGCCUCCUCCAAUUUCAGUAAAGGGUGUUCAGAGUUUUCCUGGACAUGCUGGAUUUUAUAGGAGAUUUAUUAAAGAUUUCUCCAAGAAUUCUAAACCCAUAUCUGCACUAUUAAUGAAUGGAUGGGAGCGGUUCUGGGGUAGUGAAUUGACAAGAUUGGAAAAAGAAGAAAAGCCUAAUGAGAAAGAGGUACAAAUUGAUGACAACUUCAUGGGUGAACAAUUAUCUUCUAUUGAAAAUGAAGAAAAGAUACUGUGGUUUGCUGAUUAUGUCAAUUAUUUGGUAGCUAAAGUUGUGCCUCUGGACAUGUCAAGACAACAAAUUAAAAAGUUUUAUUCGGAAGUCAAACAUUAUUAUUGGGAUGAACCCAUUCUCUUUCGUCAGUGUGCUGAUCAAAUAAUUAGAAGAUGUGUCCUUGAAGAGGAGAUCAUUUUCAUUCUUACUCAUUGCCACAAUCUUCAUUGUGGCGGUUACUUCGGAGGAACAAGGACAUCAACAAAAGUUCUGCAAUACUUUAUGGGACCUUUCCCGUCAUCUUAUAAUAAUAAGUACAUUCUUCUUGCGGUGGACUAUGUUUCUAAAUGGGUGGAAGCUACAACAACUCCUACUUGUGACGGUAAAGAGGUACUUACAUUCCUUCACAAAAAUAUUUUUACCCGGUUUGGUACUCUAACAACAAUAAUUAGUGACAGAGGAAGUCACUUCUGCAACAAGUCAUUCACUACUUUAUGUGCUUGUUACGAAGUUCAUCAUCAAAAGGCUUUGUUUUACCAUCCACUUGCAAAUGGUCAAGCAGAAGUGUCAAAUCGGGAGAUUAAAAGUAUCCUGGAAAAGACUGUAAAUACAUCAUGGAAGGAUUGGUAA